AUGGUUGAUGAAGCAUGUAAAACAAUCCCCACAGCAAGCAAUUCUUCAUCCAUAAAAGAAUUAUGUGAAAGAAAACAAAAUAUGAAACUUCAACAAUAUCUAUUUUUGAAUCUUCGAAAAAUACUCGAAUUUCAUGCUUGA